AUGCUUAUCCACGAAGCUGUCUGGAUUUUUGCAGAACGCAGCGGAAAUGACCACGCGCGGAAGUAUGCGUCGCUGCGUAAUGGAACCACCGGCACUGACCGGCUGAAGAAGGAUUCGAAAUGGCUACGAGGCCACGGCGGGAGGCGCUUACGAGAACUCCGGUAUCAAGUUCCGCUUCAUGACCGUGAGCCAAUGAUGCAGAAGCAUCCUGAUCCAACCUUUCCAUCCGGAUUCGACGGGAUAUUUGACGAGAGGCGUAGAUCAUCUCAGCAGCGUGGUUCAAAGCGCAUGCUUCAAAACAGCCCCGCAAACGACAACAUUGACUCCGAGAACGAGGAUCCCGAUCUACAAAGACAAUUUGAAUUUCUGUCGGCAGCUCGGUCAUCGUACCAUCUUCUCGCUUCUAGAGAGCAUGUCCUCAAGCUUCAGACCGAGUACAAUCGGGGCGGUUUUAGCGGAGUUGUUGAGACAACGAUUCUAAGUAUGAAACAUGCAAUUCUAUUUGCUCGCUCGAAGGAUCGUGCUACAACACCUGACGAAGCUUUCGCAGCCGUGUGCGGCAGGGUGACCGAUGUCAUUGCUUCUGCUCUGGGAAUUAUACGCUUUGAGCCUGAGGUCGUUUCGGAAUCUGAAGAGCCAUCAGCACAGUUUGCUGAGGCAAAAAUAAAGAAGGCGUUCGACACAUACAAAAGGUGUGUGUUAGAAGUACGCUACGUGGCGAGACAAAAGUAUUUCGCGCGAUCCUGA